AUGCCAUGGCUUAGUGCCCUUCUCAGUGUGAUUGCGGGCCUUCUUCUUUCGGCUGCGCAGGCACCGGUGGUGGAGGCGAAAUGGACCAGCAAUACAGCGGCAUAUUUGGGCGAUGCGCCUAUUUUUUUCCGUGUCACCGCCACAGCGGACUGGGACAAUGAGAUGAAGACGGGGCUUUUGGGGACUUGGGCCAACCGCAGCAACCUUUUGUGGUACUGUCGUGGGAACGCGGAUGAACAUGUCACUGGCGGCAAAGACGGCGCCCUCUACAAGCUAUGCUGGAACUCUGUGGACUUCCCGAGCCCUAUCGUGAGCACCAUCUUUGCGGAUUUCAAUCGGGAUGGGAAGCUGGACGUUCUCGUGCAAUGUGAGGAUGGUGUUUUUUAUUUUGUCAACGGCCGGCACCGCGACGACCCUCCCACAGCAAUUUCAAGUGAAAAUGUACCACAUUUUUUUGCUUCGACACCUCAAAUGAGUUUGGUGACUGUAUUUAGCCGGUGUGGGCUGCCGGAGAUUGCCCUGGUGGACGUGACGGGGUCGCUUGUGAUUAUGCAGGCCACAACACAAACGACAUUGGGUGAUCAUUGCACUGGACAAGAUGUCGUACCCACCUUCAAUCCGUUUGUAUUAGUGGAGGGAGUGAAGGGUGUGAGGGAGGUUGUUCCAUUAAGUAUUAUUUCAGAUGACAUGGACGGCGACUGUAUCGUGGAUUUGCUCUACACAGUCCAUGAAAUAACGAGUGACGCACUGCACGUAUAUGCAUUCUUUCCUGAACGCUCCAAGCAUGUAUUGUUGUUGACAUUACAACCAGCGCGUCGCUACGGCUUUCCCACGGUUGCGGACGUCAAUGGAGAUGGGGCGCCUGACAUCCUUUUUCCACUUUGCGCUUCUCAAAAGACAUCCGUAUCUUUUGGGGAAUGUACACUAUUUGAUGGUUGGAUAGUUUUCUACAAUAAUUUACAGGGGUCACCCCCAUGCGCCGAUGGAGGAUGUUGUAACGGCCAUCCCUUCGGCUUUAGCGAAAAUGCAUCAAAGGAAUUUUAUUUCCAUGAGAAGAACGAUUGUGGCAUUAACACAAGUCUACAAAUUAGUCUUGCCAUGACGAGUUCAUUGGCAUCGCCAUUGCUGCUGCGUACCGGGGAUUAUAAUCGAGACGGCUACAUGGACCUGCUGGUUCCGAGCACAUACGGCCCUCUACUGCUCAUGGCUGAAGCGAAUUCUAAUGGCAUUUCCUUCAGUUGCGGACCUCUGGAUGGGGAUCGUGCGAGUCGUUCAGCGGACGGCGAUCCCACGUACACAAAAGCGGUCCCUUUUUUUGCCAUUAUUGCAGGUGACGCGGCUCUUGACAUUGUGCUGACCUUCCACGGUGCGAGUGCUAUUCCCUUGGGGUUUUACAUGAAUCAUCUGUUGUCGUGGAAGCAGAAUUACUUCCUUGGAAGCAGUGCCCUUAACGGCGCUGCCGCCUCGCACGACUGGGGGGUGUACCAGCCGGGCGCGGUUCACCGCUUUGGGUGGAGUGACUUCAACAUGCGUCAGCGGUGGGCCUACGCCACACAACUGUCCAGGACUCAAGGGCACGCUCUGCAGCCGUCGCGUGUGCUUUUUGGUUUGGGCCGCACCUUCUCUUACAUUCACGACUACGCCGUGGGCAUCGUGGUUAAUCAGCAGGGGGCGCAUCACGCGUGGUCGGCGAACCUCGUGCCGAAUUCGAACGUGUUUUUGUGGCUUAGUCCUCUGCUCUCGCAGGAGAGCUGGCGGCUGCGGCUGUAUCUUGUCUUCUCGACCUACAAGAGACUGCUGAUUCUGGUGCUCGUCACCUCACUCGCGCUGAUUGCUAUUCCCAUCAUCUUUCUGAAGUGGAGGGAGGUGCAGCACGACUGCCGUGAGUGGAAGCUUCGCUAA